AUGCCUGUGACUAUAAACCCAUUUUGUGGGGAGUUUCUUGCUACACUAAUGGACAGGAUUAAGGAAGGAUCUGAAAAUAAUGUGUGCAUUUUAUCUUGGAGAUUAGUUUAUUCAUUAUGUUUAAUUUUAGGAAAUGGUGCUCUUGCAGAGCAUUCAGAGAAUGUGCGUGUUUCAGGAGUGUCAACUGCUUGUGGAGAGACUCCAGAACAAAUCCGAGCACCGAGUGGCAUAAUUACCAGCCCAGGCUGGCCCUCCGAGUAUCCUGCCAAGAUCAACUGUAGCUGGUUCAUAAGGGCAAACCCAGGGGAAAUCAUUACUAUAAGUUUUCAGGACUUUGAUAUUCAAGGAUCCAGAAGAUGCAGUUUGGACUGGCUGACAAUAGAAACAUACAAGAAUACCGAAAGCUACAGAGCUUGUGGUUCCACAAUACCCCCUCCAUAUAUUUCUUCACAAGACCACGUGUGGAUCAGAUUCCAUUCAGACGACAGCGUAUCUAGGAAAGGCUUCAGACUGGCAUAUUUCUCAGGGAAAUCUGAGGAACCCAGCUGUGCUUGUGACCAGUUUCGGUGUGGGAGUGGGAAGUGCAUACCUGAAGCCUGGAAAUGUAAUAACAUGGAUGAGUGUGGAGAUCGUUCCGACGAAGAGGUCUGUGCCAAGGACGCUACACCUCCGGCGGCGGCGGCCUCCUUUCAGCCCUGUGCUUACAACCAGUUCCAGUGUCUCUCGCGCUUUACCAAAGUUUACACCUGCCUCCCCGAAUCCUUAAAAUGUGACGGCAACAUCGACUGCCUCGAUCUGGGGGAUGAGAUCGACUGUGAUGUGCCCACCUGUGGGCAGUGGUUGAAAUACUUCUAUGGCACUUUCAAUUCCCCCAAUUACCCAGACUUUUACCCUCCGGGAAGCAACUGCACCUGGCUCAUAGACACCGGUGACCACCGCAAAGUCAUUUUACGCUUCACCGACUUUAAGCUGGAUGGGACUGGUUACGGUGACUAUGUCAAAAUAUAUGAUGGGUUGGAGGAGAACCCGCACAAACUUUUACGUGUGCUAACUGCUUUUGACUCUCAUGCACCUCUUACAGUUGUGUCUUCUUCUGGGCAGAUAAGGGUACAUUUUUGCGCCGAUAAAGUGAAUGCUGCAAGAGGCUUUAAUGCGACUUACCAGGUGGAUGGCUUCUGCUUGCCCUGGGAAAUACCCUGCGGGGGAAACUGGGGCUGCUACACGGAGCAGCAGCGCUGUGACGGCUACUGGCAUUGCCCGAACGGAAGGGAUGAAGUCAACUGCACCAUGUGCCAAAAGGAAGAAUUCCCCUGCUCCCGCAAUGGGGUCUGUUACCCUCGCUCAGACCGCUGCAAUUACCAGAACCACUGCCCGAAUGGCUCCGACGAAAAAAACUGCUUUUUCUGCCAGCCAGGAAAUUUUCACUGUAAAAACAACCGCUGCGUGUUUGAAAGCUGGGUGUGUGACUCUCAAGAUGAUUGUGGUGAUGGCAGCGAUGAGGAGAAUUGCCCGGUCAUUGUGCCUACCAGGGUCAUAACUGCAGCCGUCAUCGGGAGCCUGAUCUGCGGCCUGCUGCUCGUCAUUGCACUGGGAUGUACCUGCAAACUCUAUUCCCUAAGAAUGUUUGAGCGCAGGUCAUUUGAAACCCAGCUGUCCAGAGUAGAAGCAGAAUUGUUAAGAAGAGAAGCUCCCCCCUCUUAUGGACAAUUGAUUGCUCAGGGUUUAAUUCCACCAGUUGAAGAUUUUCCUGUUUGUUCACCUAAUCAGGCUUCUGUUUUGGAAAACCUGAGGCUGGCUGUACGGUCCCAGCUUGGAUUCACGUCCAUCAGACUGCCCAUGGCAGGCAGAUCCAGCAACAUCUGGAACCGCAUUUUUAAUUUUGCAAGAUCCCGUCACUCAGGGUCGUUGGCGUUGGUGUCGGCAGAUGGAGAAGAGGUGGUCCCCAGCCAGAACACCAGCAGAGAACCUGAGCGAAACAGCUCGCACCGGAGUUUGUUUUCCGUGGAGUCUGAUGACACGGACACAGAGAAUGAGCGGAGAGAUGCUGCAGGAGCGUCCGGGGCCGUCGCAGCUCCUCUGCCCCAGAAAGUCCCACCCACAACUGCUGUGGAAGCCCCCGUGGGAGCGUGUGCAGGGUCCUCCACGCAGAGUACCCGCGGUGGUCACACAGACACUGGAAGGGAAGUGACAGGCGUGGAGCCCCCAAGUGUCAGUCCAGCACGUCACCAGUUCACAAAUGCGCUCAGCCGUAUGACUCAGGGGCUCCGUUGGGUACGGUUCACAUUAGGGCGUUCAAGCUCCUCCGUAAAUCAGAACCAAAGUCCUUUGAGACAACUUGAUAAUGGGGUGAAUGGAAGAGAAGAAGAUGACGAUGUGGAAAUGCUAAUUCCAAUUUCCGAUGGAGCUUCGGACUUGGAUGUGAAUGACUGCUCCAGACCGCUUCUUGAUCUUGUCUCAGAUCAAGGACAAGGGUUUAGACCACCAUUUACUGCGACAAACCCGGGAGUGAGGCCCAGUAGUCGAGAUGGCCCCUGUGAGCGCUGUGGUGUGGUCCACACUGCCCAGAUCCCAGACACAUGCUUGGAAGCAGCACUAAAAAAUGAAACUAGUGAUGAUGAGGCUUUGCUACUUUGCUAGGGGUGAUUCAGAUGAGAGAGAUUGUGUACAAACAAGUUGGAGCAAUAUUUCAUGGUUUUAUAACUUUACAAUGAAAACUGGUUUCUGUUUUUAAAAAAGGUGCAGGGUGAUUUCUUACUCAGAUGUGUUAGCCUGCAUGGUUGAAUUAAGUACUCCUUGUAACUCCCUAAACGUUUAGUGUUUACUACUUUAGCAGCUACAAAUACAUUAUGUGUUCAUAUUGUUCUGCAAUGUUCUUCCAUUUGUUUCUCAUGUUUUAUCUUGGUACUGUAGCUCACAGUAGAAAUACGGCUGCUGAAAUUCCUUUGACUGUCAGUUCAUCCUGUGUUCAAAGGUUUGUUUGUACAAUAGAGUCUCUUCUUUUCAUUGAACCCUUUAUGCUUUUGCCAACACAUCCUGAAACUUAAUCCACUAGAUGUUAAGGUGGUUAAUGUACAAAAACAAACAAAAAACACACUGUACACUCGCCUGUUUUUAUUUAUAUCACAUUUGUCUAAAUAUUCGGGAUUUCAUCGUAAUCUGAACCUGUCAAAGGCAGAAAGUACCUUCCUCUAAAUAUUCUCUUAUGUUGAACAUGCAGUGAUGUGAAAUUUAGAUAGAAGUAGAGAAAUUAUUGGCAAAAACAAAACCCUUUUAUAGAUUUUUAAAUGUUGACUUUCAUACUCUAAUAUGGUACAAAACAAAUGGCAAAAUCCCAAGUCAUUUCCUUUUUCAUCUCUACUUAGGGACUGGAUUAAGCGGAUGAAGAUAUUCUACUAUGCAUUAAUCUUAAACUUUAUAACACAUGUACAAAGUCUGUACAAGAUAAGUUUCAGCCGGCAAUGUCUUUCCCUGAUAAAGGGUGAUGCUUGUAUUGGACCCUGGGGAUUUGCACUACAAUCUUUUCAAGCUCUCAGCUGAGUGUGGUGCCCAGGCACUAUCACUUUAAAUACUAUUAUUUGCUACCACAACAACUAUAUUUCCAUAGCUUGGGGAAGGGGCUGCAUUUUUUAUUACAACUUUAAAUUGCUUUGCUGGUUUCAUAUUUAUUUGUUGUAUUAAAGACUGCAUAUUCUAAGAAAGUGAUUUUUUUUCCCUGAUAAUUUCAUUCAGGGGGGGCCUACCCUAAUGGGAAAAAAAUACAAAGCGAGAAACAAUUCAGAUCCGGGGCCCCCCCCCUUUUAAAGUUGAGUGAAUUUGGCAUAUUUUUUUGUAUUGUCGAUUCCUAUUUAUUUAUUCUGUAGUGGUCUGUUUUAAUAGCCUAAUGGUUGAGUACGAAAAAUGUAUUUGUGUGUGAUUAUUGCUAUUUAUUAAAUUUUGAGUACUUUGCUGAAUGUCAUUUUAAAGCAUGUUUGAAGUCUUGUGUAUUUGUUGUAUUAUGCCCGUCAGAAAGACUGACUAAAAUGUUUUAAUAUGUAUCAAAAAUUAAAAUGACGUUUUUUUA